AUGCCCUUCCUGGCCACGGAGAGCCUGCAGGGUGUGGAGUUGGUUUCGAGACAUGGCAAUGAGCAAGCUGUACAGAAGCUGGCGCAGGCCCCGACGGACAAGCCUCUCGUAGCGCUGGCCUUCUACACCAUGGCACGCAUCAGCCUCAAUCUUUUCUCGAAAAGCACUGAUGCACCGCUUCUCCGGAAACAAUCCGUUGCACUGUUGGAGCUUGAUUACCGUGUGCUGCCUUGCACUGCCCAGUUGCGACGAGAGCAUGUGCUCUGCAAUGUCUUGCAGAUGCACAUGACCAACCUUAAGCUACGAGCUCUUGCUCGGCAUCGAACAGCCUGGUGGUGCAAUCGGCUCAUGGCGCUUAUGGCUCUGCUGGCUAGUGCAGGAAUUUAUUCAGCAUAUCGUCUAGAGGAGCCCGACCUGACAAGUUUCUGCUGUUCAAUUUCUGCUGCGUGCUUCUAUUUAGUCGCGUGCAUACAGUGUCUUGCCCUGUGCCGCACGGCAAGUACGACCUUGAUGCAAGGAACAGACGAUGACUUCAUGUGGUGGACGGCACGGCUUUUGUGCGCAAAUGCCUUCCUUGUCCUCCUUGGCCCGGUGUUGAGUUUUUUGGGGUCCGCUGGGUUUUCUAAGCCUGAUAUUCGUCCGGUGACACUGCUGACACUUGACGUGACAUUCCAGGUUUGCAACGUGGUACUCCUCAGUGGCAUGGUGGGCACAGUGCCGAUGAGUCUGGAAUCUUUACAGAAACUUGCAGAGUUCUCAGGGUUCAGUCUGAGUUCCUCAGGUCGUGUUGCUUGUCCAGGCCACAUCAGCCAUCGCGCCACGGACUGUGUCGUGUCGUUUCCCGGCAAAUACAGUGAGUCGUGGGACAAAGCUGUCUCAAGCGUUGCCGAAAAGGAUGCUUUCUCACUUGCUUGUGUGUUCUUGACAGACGCUGCAUCCGGGCUGGGUCGACAUGCAAGCAAUCCAGACACUCCUGGAAAGUGCUGGUGCCAUCAAAUCUAUGGCCUGCUUCCAGCAUCGACUUACCUCAGUGUAGUGGAAAUCGGUGCUUCUCAGUCCCAGUGCAGUCAAGAGACGCUUGCCUUCAGAAGAGCAGAUGCUGAGUCGAUGGGCCAGCGAUUGCUGGUUAAGCAACAUCAGACGGAGCUGGAGUGGGAGCAGGAGCUUACGCAAGCUGUGGAGGAUGCAGAAAUCCUCUGCGCAGCGAACCAGGGCAGGGCCCCAUGGGGCUGCGAAUGGUUUGAGCAAUGGAAACAAAACGUGCGCACAGCGCACGAGCUGGGGCAGGUGCUGCAUGUAUUCUAUUUCAAGGGCGGCAAGGGCAGGGGCAAAAUGCCUUUGGGACCAGCUCACCGACGAGCAGGCAAGGAAAGAAAGCCGCAAGACUAG